AUGAAGUUCUGGACUGUUGCCAUCACGGCAGCGGUCGCCGCGUCUUCGGUACGCGCGGGUCGCCUCGACGGCCUCAAUGAAUGUCUCACCGAAUGCCUGACGGAGGCCUCGAACAAGUCGAACUGCGCUGGCGAGGACGACCUUGCCUGCAUCUGCAGCGACGCCUACCGUAACAACGCUGCUGGCUGCCUCACCUCCAACUCCAAGUGUGGCUCCAAGGACCUUAUGGACGCUCUCGCGCUGUCGAGCAAGACAUGCUCCGGCGACGCCACCAAGGCCCCCGAGCCGACCUCCGAUGCCCCUCAACCCACUUCUUCCGCUGAGCCCGAACCGACCUCGUCCGCUGAGCCCGAGCCCACGUCCGCUGAGCCUGAGCCUACUUCCGCUGAGCCUGAGCCUACCUCUUCCGAACCCGCCCCUACUUCCGCUGCCGAGCCCGAGCCUACCCAGAUUGAGGGCGUUUCGCCUUGCGCUUCCAAGUGCCUCGUCGAGGCCGCCGCUAAGCAGGGAUGCAAGGGCCAGGACGACCUCGCCUGUGUUUGCACCAACGAGUACACCUCUGCUGCUACUCCCUGUGUGCUCCAGUGCGGUGCCGCUGAUGUUCCCGCCGUCCUCGCCAUGAAGGAGAAGAAGUGCUCUGGUGCAGCUUCGUCCUCGGCCGGCCCGGAGCCGACCUCGGCCGAGCCGACCACUGAGCCGUCGACUUCUUGCGAGCCCGAGCCUACCUCGUCCGCCGACAACUCUACGCCCACCGCCAUCGAGGGUGUCCCCGAGUGCGCCUCCAAGUGCCUCAUCGACGCCGCCGCCAAGCAGGGAUGCAAGGGCCAGGACGAUAUCGCCUGCGUCUGCACUGACGCCUACACCAACGCUGCCACCCCCUGUGUCGCCGCCUGCGGUGCCGACAGCAUCACCGCCGUUCUUGCUAUGAAGGCGAAGAAGUGCUCGGGUGGCUCCCAGCCAACUGGCUCCUCCUCCGGCUCUCCUCAGCCGACCACCUCUGGUGGUUCGACCGUCAUCGAGGGUGUUCCCGAGUGCGCUUCGAAGUGCCUCGUCGAUGCCGCUGCUAAGCAGGGAUGCAAGGGCCAGGAUGACAUUGCGUGCGUUUGCACCGAUGCCUACACCAACGCCGCUACUCCUUGCGUCGCCGCCUGUGGCGCCGACAGCAUCACUGCCGUCCUCGCCAUGAAGGCCAAGAAGUGCUCCGGUGGCUCUCAGCCCACCGGCUCCGGCUCUACCUCCAGCGGCGGUUCGCAGCCUACCGGUGGCAACACUGGCGGCAACGGCCCGGUCACUGUCACUGUCACCGACCACGUCACCGACACUGUCACCAAGACCCAGACCCAGACCACCACUCAGACUGUCGAGGGCGAGUGCGAGGCGACCGGCCACCCGACCGGCGGCCCCACCGAGCCGACUUCCCCCACCUCUUCUGGCGGCUCCACCCAGCCCACCGGUGGAACCCAGAUCGAGGGUGUCUCCGAGUGCGCUUCCAAGUGCCUUGUCGCUGCCGCUGAGAAGCAGGGCUGCAAGGGACAGGACGACAUUGCCUGCGUGUGCACUUCGGAGUACACUGCUGCUGCCACCCCCUGCGUUCUCGCUUGUGGCGGUGCUGACGUUUCUGCGGUCCUUGCCAUGAAGGAGAAGAAGUGCUCUGGUGGCUCCCAGCCUACCGGCUCCGCCUCCUCCGGUGGCCAGCAGCCCACUGGCGGCAACACUGGCUCUUCGACUUCGUCCGGCGGUUCCACCACCCCCACCGGCGGCUCUGAGGUUAUCGAGGGCGUUUCGCCCUGCGCGUCCAAGUGCCUGGUUGAGGCCGCUGCUAAGCAGGGCUGCAAGGGCCAGGACGACAUCGCGUGCGUGUGCACUGCCGAAUACACCAACGCCGCUACUCCUUGUGUCCUCGCCUGUGGUGCUGCCGACGUUGGACCGGUCCUUGCUAUGAAGGAGAAGAAGUGCAACGGUGCUCAGCCCUCCGCCUCGGCUUCUGCCUCUGCCUCUGGGGGCACUACCGGUCCGUCCGCUUCCGCCUCGACUUCUGGUGGCCAGACCGAGCCUACUGGUGGCUCCGAGGUCAUUGAGGGUGUCUCGCCUUGUGCCUCGAAGUGCCUUGUUGAGGCUGCUGCCAAGCAGGGAUGCAAGGGCCAGGACGACAUUGCUUGUGUCUGUACCUCUGAGUACACCAACGCUGCCACGCCCUGCGUCCUCGCUUGCGGUAUGUCCGACGUUACUGCCGUUCUUGCCAUGAAGGAGAAGAAGUGCAACGGCGCUCAGCCCUCGGCUUCGGCUUCGGCCUCGGCCUCGGCCACCUCCUCUGGCGGCCAGACUGAGCCUACCGGCGGAACCCAGAUCAUCGAGGGUCUCACCGAGUGUGGUUCCAAGUGCCUGAUUGACGCCGCUGCCCAGCAGGGAUGCACUGGCCAGGAUGACCUCGCCUGUGUCUGCACUGCCGAGUACAAGAACGCCGUCACCCCGUGCAUGCUUAAUUGCCCCGCCGACAUUGCGGCCGCCCUCGCCCUCUCCGACAAGAAGUGCUCUGGUGCUGCCUCCUCGUCCGCCGGCCCCGAGCCCACUUCGUCGACUGAGCCCGAGCCUACCUCCUCCGCCCCCCAGCCUACUGGAUCCGGCACCGUCAUCGAGGGCGUUUCGGAGUGUGCCUCGAAGUGUCUCGUUGCCGCCGCUGAGAAGCAGGGCUGCAAGGGACAGGAUGACAUUGCUUGUGUCUGCACCACAGAGUACACCUCGGCUGCCACUCCCUGCGUUCUUGGCUGCGGCAUGGCCGACGUCACGGCUGUCCUCGCCAUGAAGGAGAAGAAGUGCAACGGCGCUGCCACCUCGUCUGCCGGUCCCGAGCCCACUUCCCAGGAGCCCCAGCCCACUUCUUCGGAGCCCGCCCCCACCUCUGACGCUCCCCAGCCCACUGGCUCCGGAACUGUGAUUGAGGGCGUUUCGGAGUGCGCGUCCAAGUGCCUCGUCGCUGCUGCUGAGAAGCAGGGCUGCAAGGGACAGGAUGAUAUCGCUUGUGUCUGCACCACCGAGUACACUUCGGCUGCCACUCCGUGCGUUCUUGGCUGCGGCAUGGCCGAUGUCACCGCCGUCCUCGCCAUGAAGGAGAAGAAGUGCAACGGCGCCGCCUCGUCCUCUGCUGGCCCCGAGCCGACCACCUCUCAGCCUGAGCCCACUUCCGACGCCCCCCAGCCUACCAACAGCGGCACCGUUACCCCGAUCGAGGGUGUUUCUGAGUGUGCUUCUAAGUGCCUCGUCGCCGCCGCCGAGAAGCAGGGCUGCAAGGGCCAGGAUGACAUCGCCUGUGUUUGCACUAGCGAGUACACCUCUGCCGCUACCCCCUGUGUCCUCGCCUGUGGCAUGGCGGAUGUUACCGCUGUCCUCGCUAUGAAGGAGAAGAAGUGCAACGGUGCGCCCCCCGCCUCCUCCUCCGGCCCCACCCCUACCUCUGAGCCUUCGGCGUCCACCUCGGCCGAGCCCACUGGCAACCCCGAAAUCAUCGAAGGCCUGAGCCCCUGCGGCUCCAAGUGCCUCAUCGACGCUGCCGCCCAGCUUGGCUGCAAGGGUCAGGACGACAUUGCCUGUGUUUGCAAGCCCGAGUACCAGUCGGCUGUUACUCCUUGCAUGCUCAAGUGCCCGUCUGACAUCACUGCCGCUCUCGCUCUCCAGAGCAAGAAGUGCUCUGGCUCGUCUUCGUCUGCUGGUCCCACCGCCGGCCCGACCGGCUCCGCCUCUGCCUCGUCCGAGGGUCCUCAGCCUACCAGCCCUGUCAUUGAGGGUCUGACUGAGUGCGGCUCCAAGUGUCUCGUCGACGCCGCCGCCACCCACGGCUGCAAGAGCCAGGACGACACCGCCUGCGUCUGCACUGACGCUUACCGCGGCACCGUCACCCCUUGCAUCAUCAAGUGCCCCGCCUCUGACCUGACCGCUGCCCUCGCUCUCUCUGAGAAGAAGUGCAAGGCUGAGCCGUCCGCCACCUCGCCCGGUGUCCCCGAGCCUACCUCGACCGGCGGCACCGGCGGUCUCCCUGACAUCUCCAAGCUCUCCCCCUGCGCCCUGAGCUGCGUCCUUGACACUCUCGGCAAGGCCGGCUGCUCUGGACCCACCGACACUGGCUGCCUCUGCACUGAGAAGUUUACCAACAUGGCCUCCGACUGCCUCCAGGCCAAGUGCCAGGCCGCUGACAUUGUCUCGUCGCUCAACCUCCAGCGCGAGAUGUGCCCCGACCUCGGUCUCCCUGACCUUGGUGCUCUCCCCUCGUGCCCUCUUGGAUGUGUCCUCGAGACGCUCAAGAAGAAGGAGUGCUCCGGCCCGCUUGACAAGAACUGCAUCUGCAAGCUCAACUUCAGCACGAGCACCAUGGGCUGUCUCAUGAAGAAGUGCAAGUUCAAGGGUCUCAAGGAGUCUCUCGAGCUCCAGAUCGACCAGUGCCGCGGCUCGUCUGACGUCUGCGAGGCCACUGGCAUCUGGCGCGUGACCAACAUCCGCUGCUGGUUCCAGAAGCGCGGAUACUACGAGGAGCAGAUCCUCGCGCGCCGCGGUACUCCCGCCGCGCACAUGCUCCGCACGGUCGCAUAA